AUGUUUUUAAAAUCUAUAAUUAAUGAUUUGGAUCUUUAAGAAGAAUAAAAUGAUGAUUACGAGCCUUUUAGAAGGCCUCCAAACUUUGAACUAGCUAAAAAUCAUGCAGUAAUAUAUUUUUGAUGAUUUUAAAAGAAAGCCAAUAAAUUUAGUUAUUCAAAGGAAAUAGAAAACAUAGACAAUAUCGAGUAUUGUCCUUGUUGUGGAUUUCCUAUAAUCGAAUCACAACUAAGUUUUUGUUGCAAAAAUGAAGAGCUGGCUUUUAAUGGAGCAGGAGUACCAUUAUUCUUUGAAUUCAUGCUAUUUGUAGCUAUUUUACUAUCCUUGAACUUGUAAGAAUGAGAUCAUCAUUAUUUAGCUUAAUAUCUGGGUUGUACAACGCAUUAAAUAAUUAUAAGGGAUCAGAAUGUGAAACUAAUUCUUCAGUCUGCAAAUUGAAUUACUAUAACACUUACUCACUUACAAAUAGCUCCAGGUAUUUUCCCAUUGCAAUAUUAGAACCCCUGAUGUUAUAUUGCUGGGAUUGGACAUCUGCAAUAUUUUGGUUAUGAUUGUCUUUUCAAUCUAUUAUAGAAGACGCUUGAAUAUUGUCGCUGCAAAAAUCGAUGAGAAGAAUAUCUCCAUAUCUGAUUACUCCAUUCAAAUAAGUAAUUUGCCAUUAACCUCAACCAAAUAGGAGAUUUCAGACUACUUUUCAGAAAUCAAAUUAAAUGGAUCUUCCAUUUCAAAAUUAAAUAUUGUAUAAAUUGUAUUAGGUUUUGACAUGUAAGAAUACUAUAAAUUAACUAAACUCAAAAUAGAAAAUGAAUUAAGAAUAACAUCAAUUCUCUCUGAAUAGUAAAUUUAUCUAUUUGAAAUUUAAUAGAUAAAAUCUUUCAUUGGGGUCAUAAACAUUAAAUCUGGAGUAACAAUUAGAUGAAAUCAAUACUAAAAUUAUGUAAUUCCAACAAAACCCUCAAUUAUUUAAAUUUAGUGGCGUAGCAUUUAUCACCUAUAACACUUCGACUUAAGCUAAGUAAAUUAGGAAAUAUCACACUCAAACCAAAUUCUAGUACAUUCUCUAAAAAUUACUGUUUUUCUACCCUUUAGAAUCUACUAAGACAUUUUAAGGAAAGACCCCUCAUGUGAUUAGAGCACCAGAGCCAGGGGAUGUAAUUUGGGAAAAUUUAGGUAUUAACCCUCUAAUUUAGUUUAAAUAUUAAAUUUUAACAAAUUUAGGGUCCUUGUUUAUUUUGGCCAUAUGUUUUGGAUCUAUAUUAGGUGUUUCUGUGUAUCAGGUAUUAACAGAUAUAAUCAAAGGAUAAACUAAAUCAAUCAGACAAAAAAAGCCGAUCUACUUCAAUCGAAUUGUACAUAACAGUUUUUGGAUUGAUAGCUUCCUUCAUAAUCUCAAUAUUAAAUAACAUUAUGGGAUUGCUGAUCAAAAAGUUUGUAUCCCUGGAGUUGCAUUCAACCUAAACCGAAUUUAAUAUCAGUUUUGCUAAUAAAUUAGGCAUCGUAUUAUUUGAAUAAUAAAAUAGGCUCAAUUUCUAAAUACAGCCAUCGUUCCACUUUUAGUAAAUAUAGCAUUAAAUGAUCAGGAUAUAUUAACUUAAACUUGGAAAGAUGGAGGAUUAAUAUCUGAUGUUUGUUUGGUCUUGAUCAUGAAUGCCAUAUUUCCUUGGUUAUUUAAUUUAUUGGAUCCAUAUUAUUUUUACAGAUAAUAUUAAAUUAGAAAAUCAUAAAAUUAGGGAUAGACUUGUGCAUUAACAUAGAGAGAAGCUAAUUUACUUUUUGAAGGCUCACCUGGAGAUUUAUCGAAAAAGUAUGCUACAAUAACAAAAACUUUGAUGCUCUCCUUUUUUUAUGCUCAACUCAUCCCAUUAGGGGUCUUAAUAUCUUUAAGUUUUAUCAUUAUCGAUUAUUGGGUUGAAAAAUAUCUAUUAAUUUAUCGCUAUUCUAAGGGUCCAACAAUAGGCAGUUAAUUGGCUGAUGAAUAGGUGGAUACUUAUAUAGAGUUGGCAAUUUUGUUAUUCUCUAUAGGAAACUGCAUUUGGUAAGUUCUUCUAUAAGAUGAAAUCCAUUAUUUGGUUUGGUUUCAAUUGAGUUUAGGGAUUGCUCAAUAUUUAUUUCCAAUGGAUUAGAUAUUUGAUAAUUUUAUUAAGAUGGAGGAACCUGAAACGCAAUCAACUUUUGAGGACAAUCAGAUGUUUAUAUGGGAUGAUUAUGGUAAACGAAAUCCAGUUACGAUGCAGAAUGAAAUCGAAUAAUGGAUUCUAUAAAUAAGUAAAAGAAAAACCAGUAAUUUAUAAAAUAAGAAAAUGCUUAAAUAUUUCAAUAGGGUAAAUAAGCAACAACGAAACAAAUAAAUUGAAUUGUAGGAAUCGAUUGCUAAUUCAUUAAUCACUUCUAAAUUUUUGAAAGUAAUUUCUUGAAUAAAAUAGUUUUUAAUGAACAAAAGAUAAAUUUACCCUUUGCAUUAAGAGUUCAUAAACAAACUGAAAACAAAAACUAAAAAUAAAACUGAUAGUCAAGAGUAAGCAAAUUAUUGUUAAACAAUAAAUUAAUCUAUUUAAGAAUUAUAGAUUUGA